AUGCAGCCGCAGCAGGGCAGAGCCGCCCCCGGGGCUCGGGCUGCGCCCGGCCCGGCGGGGUUCGGGCGCCGCAAGGACGAGCCCAGCAGGCAGGUCCGGCCCGUGCCGCUGCCGCCCGUGCAGCAGAACCUGAACUACUACCCGCAGAUCUUCUGGGUGGACGGCUGUGCCGACGCAGGGGCUCCCUGCCCCACGGCUGCCCCCGCGGCUCCUUGCCCAGCGCCCGUCCCCGAGCGGGGCAGAAAGCCACGGAACGGCAGCGAAAGGAGGAGCGCCGGCUUCCUCGUGAUGUUCUUGCUGAUCCUGGUGGCCUUCACCGGAGUGGGGCUGAGCAUAUUUAAGAUUUUUCACCUGGAGAAGGAAGUGGAUGAACUCAGAGAGUCUGCCAGCGCUGAGCACAUCCCUCCAGCCUCUCAGAAACUCACAGGGCAGAGGAAGGAGGCGAGGAGGGCAGCCCAUGUAACAGGCAACCCAGCCCAGCAGGACCUGCCUCUGGAGUGGGAGCCCACCUCUGGCCAUGCCUACACCAGUGGCAUCCAGUACCACAACCGGGGGCUGCUGGUCAGCGAGCCGGGGCUGUACUUCGUGUACUCCAAGGUCCUGUUCCGCGGCAGCGCCUGCGACAGCCAGCUCCUGUCCCACGUGGUGUACAAGAGGAACCCGGCCUCGCCGGGCAGCCUCGUGCUCAUGGAGGACAAAGCCACCAACUUCUGCACGGGCCAGAGGAUGUGGGCCCGCAACAGCUACCUGGGGGCUCUCUUCAAGCUCAGGAAGAUGGACAGCUUGCACGUCAACGUCUCCAAAAUCGCCCUGGUGAACUUUGAGGAAUCCAAGACUUUCUUUGGUUUGUUUAAGCUUUGA